UUCUCAGGUUUUUGGGAUAAUUUGCUUCUAGCCUUUUGUUUGCCGCUCCACCUCCAUGUUUACUAAUUUAUUUCAUUGAGUAUAAUGAAUUAAAUUUGAGGAGUAAACAUGUCAGGGAGCUCUUCCUCUACACUGCCACUCAUCCUGACACCAUACUGGAAGUUUUGAAACUUUUUGAAGGCUUGUUUAUCUGACGGGGUCCACUGCAACCAUUUACUUCCUUUAUAAGCAAGACACUAAGUGGGGAAGUUAAACUCUUGGAUAAAACAAUAAAAGUUUGCAAAGCCCAGGAAGCAUUGUAGCUCCUUUAAUGUGGAGGGGACUGGCCAUUUAGGGACUGUUGACACAUUAUCCUAGUCCAUGAGCACCCCCUCUGGCCCAGUGAUGUAUUCCAAAAAUGUCACCUUCUGCACAUUGAACUCGUAUUGCUCUCCUUUCAUCCAUUCAUCCCUAUCUCAUAUUCAGACCAGGUUGCAAGCACUACUUGAGUUGAUCUUGGUGAACACUUUAACUGUAAAAAGGCAGUGGAGACUGGUGGACAUGGAGUGGCCUGUUUGAGGGCUUGCUCAAUGUACUCCUUCAUGGCAUGUGUUUCUUAGGCUAAUCUGGUUGCUCAUGAGGAGUGUGAUGGCACAGUCAUAGGGAUGAUAUGGUGGAAGCACACUGACCUUGACUUUACUAAAUACACUUUGGAAUUCACUGUAUUCAGGGGGAACUUCCAGGCUCUCUGUGGAGAUUGAUGUGAUGGCUAUAGAAGGUGUGCUGAGACAAUAGGUAUGGCAGUAUGUGGACAUCUCACACUCCAGGAGAUUUGCGGGUUGUGCUGCAUCCACAGAAAGCCCAGCACCACUGGGAACUUGUAGGUGACAGUGACAAGGAAGGAGAUACUUUGCUGACACUGAGUGUUUUAUGAGCUUGGUUAAAUGCAUGACAGAGGUUUUUCAUCCAGGACCUUGAACCAUGUUGCAGCAGUUGUUGGGCAAGCUGAAGCCUUUCUACCAGGGUGCAGUUAAUGAAUUUUCUAGUGGCCCCAGAGUCAGACAAAAUCUGCAUCCCCUGACUGCACGAUCUCAACAGGCAGCAUAAAAGAGAAAAAGUGAGGGGGACUCAAUGUGCUGGAGCAAGACAUGCAUCAAAUUAGUAUGCACCAAAUUUUGGACAGAACAUUGACUUUUUCACGGAAAUCCAUAAAAAAUGGAACCAGCAGCCUUGAGGACCAAGGCCAUGGGGCUCCCUUAAUCACUAUGGGACUCACAGUUACCCUCAUGUCAAGCAAGUCCAUUCCAAUUUCAAAUAACGUCCCUAAUAGUCCGAAUGCCCAACAUUAAAGAUGUACCCUGGUUAUUGAGGACUCUCUUUCGGGAUCCAGAUAACUUGGAACAGUGCUUCUGCAACAGUUUGUGAAGUGAUGCUCCAAAGAGUUACUGCCUCCUCAAAAGCUAACACAAAGCAACGCCCCCAUCUUCUGCGUUUUAAAUAUGUGACAUAUAUUUAAUUCUUUAAAAGGGGACCUGAAUUAAAAGAAGCUGGCACAAAGGCACUUUUGGGGAGCUGGUGGAUUCGCCAGCUUACAUCCAUGACAUUUAUAGGAGUUAUUUGGUAAAUUAGAUUAUUUUCAUGAAUCAAAGGACAUGGUUUCAGCCAUGACCAGUCAAACCUUAUGAAUGUGCACAUUUCCAGCUCAUAUAUGUUCUAUAUUGAAGUCGUGUCAUGUUUUUCCUGUACACUUUUCUAACAAAUCUUCAUAAGGGAUUUCUGAAGGCAGUGUUUAAAUUAUGUUCUUCACUUUCUUGGACUGUGUUAGCAGCUUUGGCUUAUGCCAUCACUUUGUUUACUUCCACUUUGCUCAAUAUGAUAUCAGCACAGCACAGUGGCGUUGGCUAAAUGUGCAGCAUAAUGAAAAGAAGUUCCUGCUGAGGGUUUGAUGAACACUUUACAGCAGAAUGUCUUUGCUAUAGAACUGGUAUGUGCUGGAAAUGUGUGUGUUCAUGAAGUCAUAGCCUAAACCUUCAAUCACAUCAUUAAACACUAAAGUAACACCUUAUAUAAUCCUAAUAAAAUGCAUUUACCAUACGGAUGUACAUGAAAGAAUGGCAUGUUCUUCAUUCACUAACACAGGAAUGGGUGGGGUCAAAAAAUGUAAUGCAGCCAGCACCAGAGGGCUACACUUUUGAAUCCCUGUUACAUGUCCACCCAUAUACAGUAUAUAUAUUACGGUGCAGGCAAUAUAACACACACUUGUGGCAUGCUUAAGUUGCUCACCUGCCUCAUCAAGAUGUUUGUCCCGAUGCUGUUUAUAACCGGGAUAUGCACAGCAGUGGCAUUCAACAUAUUCACAACACCAGACAGAAAUUUUAGAAAUGAGGACCCACUGCUUGGUCAAACCAUUAUUCAGUCAAGCGAAGGAAUUUUUCUUUCUUCUACUUCUGGAGAGGUUUUCAGAUGCACAGAGAAAAGCUGUUCAAGAAUGAAUCUUACUGGAACAACAAAAGUCUUGGGUCCAAUCACAUGUGUUGCAUCUAGCUGGAGAGAAGAUAAACUUCAGCUCCUGGUUCAUAACCAAGUCUGGACAAUGAAUUCAUCAACUGAGAAUUCAAACAGAAACUGUACACAUGUGUCCAUGCAGCUGGAAAAGAGUAAAAUCUAUUCUGAUAAAUUGGUUCUACAGAUACUGGAUCAUAAAGGCGGCAGCAGCAACAACAACAACAACAAUAAAUACCAAGGCUCUCAAAUACCAUUUCAUCAAGACCACUGGAGGAAGAGAAGAGCUCUAUGGAAUGAUGCUGUUAGUGAUGAAAAUGAAGGGAUGGAGAUCACUUUUGUUCUGGAUGGCUUUGGUCACACUAAUAAGGAGGAUUUUGAAAGGGCCAAAGACUUUAUUUAUAAUUUGAUGAAUAAUGUUUGGACAACAUGUUUCAGUUGCAACUUUGCAAUAGUGCAGCAGGGGAGAGACAUAAGGACAGAGCUCUCUCUAAAAGAAAAUACUGACCAUCUCAGAGCCUUGGAUAAAGUGAAAAGCCUGAAACAAGUUCAAGGGUUAACCAACACCACUUCAGCUCUUUAUCAUGUUAUUACAGAUGUUUUUGUUCCUCAACAUGGCUCAAAAGAGAAAGCCAAAAAAAUAAUUAUUCUACUGUCUGAUGGACAAAUAGGAGAAGACACAAGACGCAUCACAGAUGACAUAAACAUGCUACAGAUGGAGGGGAUUGUUUACUAUGCUACAGGAACUGGGCCGAAGGUUUUGAAAGAGAUAGCAGAGAUAGCUGGCAGUGAAAACAGAUUUUUCAAGAUUUCUAAUUAUACCAACCUGGAAAAUAUUCUCUCUUAUUUGGAAAAAAGCAUCAUUGGAAUUAAAGACGCAGGGACGGAGAUUGCUUUUGUGCUAGAUGGCUCUUCUAGCAUUUCUCCAUGGGAUUUUAUAAUGGCCACAGGCUUUAUUUAUGAUGUGAUCAAAAAAGUUUGGACCAAAAAUUUUAGUUAUAAGUUUGCAGUGGUCCAGUUUGGGACAGACAUAAGGACAGAACUCUCUCUAAAAGAAAAUAAUGACCGGCUCAGAGCCUUGGAUAAGGUGAAGAACAUACCACAGAUUUAUGGGGACACAAUGACUACUUCAGCCCUCUAUCAUGUUCUCAGCACAGACGUUUUUGUUCCUCAGAAAGGAUCACGAGACAAUGGCAAAAAAAUUAUUAUUCUACUGUCUGAUGGACAAAUUGGAAAAGAUUCAAAAAACCUCAGAGAUGUUUUGAACAUGCCACAGAUGGAAGGGAUUGUUCGCUAUGCUGUAGGGCUUGGGACAGAUAUUGCAGUAGAAGAGAUGACAGAGAUAGCUGGUAGUAAAGACCGAUUUUUCAAGGUUUCUAAUUUUGCAGAAUUGAAAAACAUGAUGCAACCUUUGGAAAAAAACAUAAUUGGAAUUGAAGGUGCAGGGACAGAGGUAGCUUUUGUGCUGGACGGGUCUUCUAACAUCAUGGAGAAGGAUUUUGAAAGGGCCAAAGAUUUCAUUUACAAUGUUAUGAAAAAUGUUUGGACAACAUGCGUCAAUUGCAAGUUUGCAGUUGUCCAGUUUGGGACAGACACAAGGACAGAACUUUCUCUGAAAGAAAAUAAUAACUUUCUUAGAGCUUUGGAUAAGGUGAAGAACAUAAAACACAUUUAUGGGGACACAAGGACUACUUCAGCCCUCUACCAUGUUCUCACAGACGUUUUUGUUCCUCAAUAUGGAUUGAGAGAGAACAAGAAAAAAAUUAUUAUUCUACUGUCUGAUGGACAAAUGUCAGGAGAUACAAGAAACCUCAGUGAUGUUUUGAACAUGCCACAGAUGGAGGGGAUUACUCGCUAUGCUAUCGGAGUUGGGCUGGAUGUUCUGAAAAAUCCACAGGCAGUACAAGAAAUGACAGAGGUAGCUGGUAGUGAAGACCGAUUUUUCCUGAUUUCUAAUUAUGACAACUUUUACUCAUCUUUGGAAAAAAGCAUAAUUGGAGUUGAAGAUGCAGGGACGGAGAUUGCUUUUCUGCUGGACGGCUCUGAUAACAUUGGAAAGGAAAAUUUUGUAAGAGCCAAAGACUUUAUCUAUAACAUGAUGAAUGAUGUUUGGACAGUAUGUCUCAGGUGCAAGAUUGCAGUAGUGCAGUAUGGGAGAGUCAUAAGGAAAGAACUUUGUCUUAAAGAAAACAAUGACCUUCUCAGAGCUUUGUAUAAGGUGAAGCACGUAAAACAAAUUUUUGGGAUCACAAAGACUACUUCAGUCAUCAACCAUAUUCUCACAGAUGUUUUUGUUCCUCAAUGUGGCUCAAGGAAGAACAGCAAAAAAAUUAUUAUUCUACUGUCUGAUGUCUUGGUAGCUCCAAGAAACCUCAAAGAGGUUUUGAGAGUGCUACAGAUGCAGGGGAUUGUUCGCUAUGCUAUAAGAGUUGGGCCGAAGGUUCUGAAUGAACAACAGGCAACAAAAGAAAUGACAGAAAUAGCUGGUAGUAAAGACAGAUUUUUCCAGAUUUCAAAUUAUACCGAUUUGGAAAACACAGUAUCUUCUUUGGAAAAUAUCAUCAAUGGAAUGGAAGAAAUGGAAUUACAGACCUUCUGCCUUCCGUAGGAUUCACAAAGGAGAGCCAGAGAGCAACAAAUUCAAGCCCGACUGGAUGUUGGAUGUUGCAAGAGAGAGACACAUUUCUUAAGCCUAUAUGUGAAAAUGAAUAUUUUAAAUUAGUUUAUUAGCUUAUUUUGAAUGUUUCUGAAAUAGUUGUUUAUUAUGCCAAAAAACAAAAGCUUGUUGAUUAUACAUUCUAGAAAUUUGACUGAUGUGAUGAAUCUGAUGCAUUAUCAACAUGAUAUUUUAACUGCCUGACCUUUAUUUAUAUAUAUUUUUUGAUUGGCUAUAUAUUCUUUUAUUCAAAUAAACAAGAUUUUGCUUUUGUUAAGCUUGUUUUUCAGAUGCUUUUCUGACUGUCUAGUCUUACUAAUGUUGACCUUGGUACUUUCACUUACACUUGAUUUUCAUUCUCAUUUUCAGUUAGGUUAACAAUAUCUCUUUAUCUCUUUCAGUUGUACAACCUUUACAAAUUUUACAUAACAUACCUUAUGAACAAAUUCAAUGUAACAUUUUUUUUUUUUUGCAAUAAAUGACAUUCAUAAUACCACACAAUCCCAUAUGUGUUAGUUGUUAUUAAUAGUUUAUGAUAAUACAAAGAUAUUUUUAGUAUUGUUUAAGAGACACAGGAACUUUAUUCUAAAUACCAUUUACCAUGUGAAGGUUAAUAUGAAUGUAUUAUGACAUUGUGAAGUCAGCAGAGACAGAUUCAGGUGAUUUUAUUUAAAAAAAGACAAAAAUGAAAAGGAAAAGAAAAAUUUGUCAUGCGACAAGCCACUGCUUAAUUCAAGAUGAGAAACACACAAAGAAAAAUUCACAUUCACAAAGCAAAGUAACACAAGGUCAGAACCAGAAAUAAGCUGACAACAUUGGUACACCAAAGCCAGCAACACUGCCCCCUCAGCACCGGUUUCAACCUGUUAUUUCCUGUUUUUAUGUGUAGAAGCCAUGCUCAUGCAAAUGUUCAAUGUCAGUUAUUCUACCUUACCAAGGCUUUGUGUUGUUCUCAUGUUUGAUUUUCGUGUAUGUUCAUCUGUUUUCUCAUUAUGUGUUUGGAUUGCUUACACUUUUGGCUUGUAUGCUUUCGGUUGUUAAUAAAUCUCUGUGUAUGGAUCCUAUAUAAUCAUUACAGAAUAUAUAGUCGUUACAGAAUACUUUGACUUCUGAGGAUCCAAAGGAGAUUCUACGACUCCAGGCCCUCACAGCAUGACAAGCUGAAAUACUCAUGGCCUUCCAUCAGCAGCUUGGCAUGCUACAAGCUGCUGAUGCGCAGCUAAUCGACACCGUCUGUGACCUCCCUACCAGCCAGACUCCUGUGAGCGUGAGACCACACAAUGUGCCUACACUCCUCACGUGGAUGGCCCUGGAGUGGGAGUUGGCGGUUUGGGACAGGCCAAGGUUUCAGCUGAGGAAAAACGUUUCCUUCAACGUCUCUCUUAUUUUAUUGCAGACAAUCUGAACACUGCCUGUCCUAACAAGGAGGAAUUAUCUGCUUCCCAGGUGAGUCAGACUUGCCCCCAACAGCCCCCACAGCCUAUUACUACCCCUACACCUCCACUACGCUGACCAGGCUUGCCACUUUCCGGCCCUAGUAGGUUCUGGUUCAGCAAUUAGUCUUAUCCUCCGCCAACUCAGGCUAGAAUUACAGAUUCCUACAGUACUCUGUGCAUCCCCUCAUAGGAUCACAGCGAUGGACAAUCAGCCUAUAAGGGAUGGAUACAUCACACACCAGGCCAUUUCAUUAGAACAGGUCAGGCAUUUCCAAAGGGAGACCAUAUUCGUGAUUAAGUCCCCACAGAACAUGCUCAUCCUAUCCAUAGCCAAGCGUAAAUGAUCCUCACAUUUCUUGGCAUCUGAAGGACCUCACUCACUUGUCCCAAUACUGCCUUACUCACUGCAUUCAGCGCAACCUUCUGUGCCAUCUUACCUCCAUAGAAAGCCUGGUUACCAAGUAGGCCGUGGACAUCCCCACUGAGUAUAAGGACUUUUCAGAAAUGUUUAGCAAAGAAAAAGCUGCUCAGUUACCCCCACACAGGCCACGGGAGAAAAAAGAUAGCGGUCUGAGGCCAUGCAUCGAUUAUUACUAUUAAACACGACUCAACACUAUUAAAGUUAGCCUACCCCUCCCUCCUCCCACUGGUUCCAUCAGCCCUAGAACAAAUGAGUGAGGCCCAUAUAUCUACUAAAUUAAAUUUGAGGAUCACCUGUAAUCUGAUACAGAUUAGGGAGGCCAUACGACCUAGCUAACAUGCAUUGUUCCAUACUUUUAACAAUGAAAUAUUCUGUGACCUCCUGAACCACAGCGUAAUUGCUCACAUAGACAACAUAAUGAUUUAUUCU